ACACACACACAGGAAGCGCGUGCACCGAACGGCAGCCGCCCGAAGCUCCGCCCACCGCCGUCCCCGCAGUUCAAACAGCACGUCUGCGCUUUCGGUCCACUUGCCUCCAGCCGGACUGUAAUAGGAUUUUGUUUGUGUCCAGAUCCACCACAGGAGCACGAACCUCACAACCAGGGCAGAAGGGACCUGCUGUGGAAAUCUUCACAAGGCUAACGCAGUACCGAGUGGCGUGGACAGAAGAGCAGGCAGGAUGUUUAUCUGACAUUGACUUGGCUGCCAGGCAGGCAAACUCGACCAGGGGAGGAUGAUGAUGUUGAAAAGACUGUGCUAGUGCCAGAUGGUUUGGGAAUGAUGGACAUCCCUAAUGGCCAACCCAGUGUCUCCACUGCUAUCACUUCGGAGAAGAGCAGCAGUUCAGAGUCUCUGAGUGAGAAGGGCUCGGCUGAGCUGAAGAAAAGUUUCGAUGCUGUUGUCUUUGAUGUGCUGAAGGUCACACCAGAGGAAUAUGCAGGUCAGAUCACACUUAUGGAUGCUCCAGUGUUCAAAGCCAUCCAGCCUGAGGAACUCUCAAGUUGCGGCUGGAACAAAAAGGAGAAGCACAGUUCAGCUCCGAAUGCCGUGGCUUUCACACGAAGAUUCAAUCAGGUGAGUUUCUGGGUAGUGCGGGAGAUUCUUCAUGCCCAAACUUUGAAGAUCAGAGCUGAGGUUUUAAGUCUCUACAUCAGGACAGCAAAGAAACUGUGUGACAUGAAUAACCUCCAUGCAGUGAUGGCAGUGGUGUCGGGUUUACAGAGCGCUCCGAUUUUCCGACUCAGCAAAACGUGGGCUCUGCUGAGUCGUAAGGACAAGGCUACAUUUGAGAAACUGGAGUAUCUGAUGUCUAAAGAAGACAAUUACAAGAGACUGAGAGACUACAUCAGCAGCCAGAGUAUGACCGCCUGCAUACCUUAUCUAGGUAUGUAUCUGUCUGAUCUCACCUACAUAGACUCAGCGUAUCCCUCCACCGGCAGUAUUCUGGAAAAUGAGCAGAGGUCCAACCUGAUGAACAACAUUCUGAGAAUCAUCUCAGACCUGCAGAGAUCCUGCGAAUAUGAUAUACCUGAAUUGCAGCACGUCCAGAACUAUCUCAACUCCGUUCACUACAUUGAGGAGUUACAGAAGUUUGUGGAGGAUGACAACUACAAGUUGUCUUUAAAGAUUGAGCCAGCCACUAGCACACCUCGCGCAACUGCCUCUAGAGAAGACCUCGUAGGUUCGGAUGCCUCCGGUUCACCCUUGUGUGGUCGUCGUGGCAACUCUGCCGAUGGCGGCCUGCCUAAAGUCCCAGGUACUCCACCUUCCCCACGCAACCUCCUACCCUACGGACACAGGAAGUGUCACAGCCUGGGCUACAAUUUCAUUCAUAAGAUGAACACAGUGGAGUUUAAGAGCGCUACAUUCCCCAACGCUGGAUCCAGGCACCUGCUGGACGACAGCGUACUGGAGAGCAACACACCUACACGAGGACAAGCAGAGAGCUCCACUCUGUCCAGUGGCAUCUCACUGGGAAGCAGUGAAGGAUCUGAACUCAGUGAAGAAAUGUCUUGGCCUGCAUUCGAAAGGACACGUUUCUACCACUCUCUGGGCCCAGUGACCCGAGUAGGCCGCAUCUCCUGCAGAGGAGGCCCCAGGCCCAGCAGCUCAGCCGAGUCUGAGGAGCUGGCGGUGCACCUGUAUCCAGGAGCAGUCACUGUCCAGGGAGUUUUACGCAGGAAGACGAUCCUAAAGGAAGGCAAGAAACCUACGGUGGCUGCGUGGACUAAGUACUGGGUAGCGCUGUGUGGUACUCAGCUCUACUAUUACACUGCCAAGUCUCUCAAAGCCACUGAGAGGAAGCAUUUUAAGUCGACCUCGAGUAAGUGUGUCCCCGUGGUGGGGUUGAUGACCAUGAUGGCAGAUGACCCGGAGCAUCCCGACGUCUUCCUGCUGACCGACUCGGAGCACGGAAACUCGUACAAGUUCCAGGCAGGGAACAGAAUGAACGCUUUGCUGUGGUUUAAACACCUCAGUGCAGCAUGUCAAAGCAACAGACAACAGGUUCCAGCAAAUCUAAUGUCCUUUGAAUAAGCGGUCCAAUCAGACGGCAAGAGAACUGUUUAAACGGCUGGUGCUAAACGACAGUAGAGAAGAGGUUGAGGAAUGGGGGAGUGAGAAGAGAGAAGAAAAGAGCAAAGAGGAGAGAAGCAGAGUGGAGAGAGUAACUAUUUUACAGUAGCUUUUCCACUGCCAUCACCCAGCCUCAGAGUCUCACUGCAAAGCCCUCCACCACCACUGCCUUACAGAGUGGAGUGUGUGUGUGUGUGUGUGUGUGUGUGUGUGUGUGUGUGUGUGUGUGUCACUGUGUAUGUAGCCCUCUCUCCACUGACACCCCCUCCUUUUUUUUCCCUUCCCCAUCAUUACAAUCCCUUUCUCUACCAAAGUGAGGAACUCUGUACCUCUUCCUCAGAACAUCUUCUGUUCCAGUCUCUCACCCAGAGCUCCAACUGGAUAUCUGGGUCUUGGAUCCAUCCUCCCUUCAUUUCUUUCUUUCUUUUUUGUUUUUUUUUUCUCCACCCCAACUUUUAUGUCCUGUUUAUGUGGCUAAACAGCUGGGCCCAAGCACCAUCCACCAGUGGAGUGAAAUUCUAAACUCUUCUCCUCUUCAUGCCUCGAACAUACCACCAGGACACGGCAGGACCUUUUCCUCUCUACUACGGAGACUGUUUUUAAACUGUGCCGCAACAUUUGGGCCAAACCGCCUCGCUCUCAACCUCGCUCUUGUCCUCGUCCUCGCACGCACGCGCACGAACGCACGCACGCACGCACGCACAUCGUCACACAUGUUGAUUCUAUUCAUACACUUGAGUUGGGCUCAAGCAAGCAUGACACAAGACUUUCCAAAUGCAGGUUUAACUGCGGGGAUGGAAGUGUCUCAUUUGUUACAACCAUUUCUGAAAAGCAACUGAAAAAAGGGCUCUGAUACUCAAUGAAUUUCACAUAAAAAGUAUUCCCUUAAAACGCAUCACCUUUUUGUUAUCUUAGAGAUUUGUAUAAAUGGCAUCUGCAUACACUCGCACUAAUACACUCACUCACAGAGUCACGAGUGUUGGGGAUAAAGACGAGGACUUAUUUUGUAUUCAGAGGCACUUAAGUCGUGUGUCUUAAGAAAGAGACGGUUUGUGUGAGGGGAAGAGAGCAAAAAAAAUGAGGAAGUUGAAUGUAAAGAUUGAUUUGAGUUUAAUUACCCAUGUUUGGGUGGGGAAAGUAUGGCACAGU